GCAGAUGUACCCUAGGUGCCACGCGGUAGGAGGUGUCGCUUUCAGCUCACGGCGUCGCUUUCAGCUCACGGCGGUCGGCCCCAAGCGAUCCGAACGCUGACUCAGUUGGGAGCGGACGUAUCAGUCGUCAGGCCGAGACGGUUCGAGUGUGAGCUACACCGGCGAGCUGCGUCGGACGUGAACGUGACAGCAACGUCGGACAGUGUCCGCAGCGGUGUGAGGUAUUGGUGAGAAUCCCGAGCGUGGAUGUGAGGAGUGUGAGAGUGUGUGAGUUAGAAUCCGUGGAGUUAUUGAGUCUGCCUGCCGGGGAAGAGGCUGGAAACUCUACCUGCAGCCUUACGGGAGCUGAUAGAACUUGCCCGGGUCCCCGUCAAUCGACGCUACCUGCUGGCUGUAAGGAGGCUCUACGAAGACUGGUGAUCUCUGGUGACAGUCAUGGCUCGGCUGAUGCCGGUGGUGACGCUGGUGCUGGUGCUGGUGUUGCUGGUGACUGGAGGCUCCCCGGCACGAUCUCCGCCACAGACGUGUCGCAGCACGUUCGAUGCCGUGGCACGUAUCCGGGGCGAGCUGUUCUUCUUCAAUGAUGACCACUUUUGGCGUGUGAGUCGCGCGGGUCACCUGAUGACCCGUGACCCGGUGGAAGUGGACACCUUCUGGGAAGGUCUGCCGCACCACAGUGACGUCAGCGCCGCCUACGAGCGACCGGACGGGUCGGUCGUCUUCUUCUGCGGUCGUCAUUUCUGGGUGUUCUGGGAGCGCCGCACCAAGCCGGGCUACCCACGGCCGCUCUCCGAUCUCGGUCUUCCUGAGGAGCUGAGCUCUGUGGACGCCGCCUUUGUGAAUAGGCACACCGAGGUCACCUAUCUGAUCACCGGCGAUAAGUACUGGAGGUUCAACGAGCGCACGGAGCGGGUGGACUCUGACUCCCCACAGCCACUCAACCGCAUGUGCCGCGGCCUGCCCAAGCGAGUCGACGCCGCAUUCUCCGACACUAAAGGUCACACGUACUUCCUUCAGGGCAAGCACUACUGGCGGUGUGACCUCGGCCAGGGUCGGGUACAGAACUACGCUCCUCACCUGGUAGCGCCACGCUGGCUCGGCUGUACCCUGGCAGAGUGCUGUCUGGACGACCACAUCGAGACAGAGGUCUGGCCCAAGACGUACGAAUAUAAGGAAAAACUGAGUGAGGAGGGAAGGAGGAACGCCCGAGAAAACGCAGCUGCGAGAGGAGGUGUGGGGUCUCAGGUGGCGGUGGUGGUGCUGGCCGCCGCGGCGGUGAUGUGGAGAGGAUUGUGAGGUUAGGAAGGUGCUAUUGUGAGGUUAGGAGGGUGCCAUUGUGAGGAUAGCUGAGGGUGCUAUUGUGAAGUUAAGAAGGUGGUAGGAACACUAGGAACCCAGGCGCAGCUAUAACACGGGUUAUCAGGUUGUGAAGUUACUUUGACUGAAGAAAAGAAACACUGUGAUGGGUAAAGUAGCUAAUUUUAUGCAGGGACUGGAAUGACUGGGGGCUAACAAAACAGCAGUCACUGUAAAUAUGGUCAGACACUGGUUAGAACCAUGAGGACACAAAGUGUCAUGAGCGCCAAAUAUAGUGUAACUGUAUUCUACUUAGGGCACUUUUUUGAUAGUUUUUGAUUAACCUUUGAUAAGAAAAGUGUUCUUAGCUAAGCAUCAGCCAUUCCUUAAUUAUUUGCCGCCGAUUGUACAUGUCCAUGUGCAUAGACACGUGACUGAUGAGCUUAAACAAUAACAUGUAUCAAUAUUCGAUCGCAGCGAUGCAUUCGAUGCAUUUAAGGGCUCAGUGUCAUGAACGUCGUUGUCAGGGAAAACUAUUGAACGAUGGUAACGCUCCCAUGUGAAUGGCGAGUGGCGACCGACCGAGUCGUUCCCACCACGAACAGUCUUAGCUAUGUAAAAUCACAUAUCUUGUGCUGAUACAUAGCUUCAGCACUACUGCCUUAACUGUACUGCCGUGACUGCGUAGCUCGAUGUCUGCCAGCCGAAGUAUGUAAUGUAGUAUUUAUGCUGGUUUUCCCGGUGACUUGGUUCCGCCCGGCGCCGCAGCCGUUCUCGGCAAUAAAGCUCCAGUUGCUGUUUGAACCUC